UCACACAGAGUGUCACUCUCACAGUUUCACUGGAGCUAUUCACAUCAGGAAGGCAAUUAUCCAAACUUGAUCCUGUUUACUUAGUCUUUUUCUUUAUCUAUUAACCUGAGCAGCACAUUGUCCUCAAGCUGAUUAACCUGUGGAUUUUAUGUUUGGUGUCUCAUCUGCUGGAUUUAUUCUAUCAUCUUUAAAACAAAAAAUGUCUAACUCAGGGAGUCUGGACAUAGACAGAUACGCUACUUUGGACAACAGGUCCCGUCGUUCAACAACUCGGAACCAGAGCAGGCAGAAGACCAAGUAUGGAGAGGUCCUUUGUGACUUCUGCACUACCAGAAAGCAAAAGGCUGAGAAGUCCUGCCUGGUUUGCCUGGCGUCAUACUGUGAGGAACACUUGCAGUCACACUAUGACUACCCCACCCUCAUGAAGCACAAACUAGUCAAAGCCACAGGCCAGAUGAGGGAGAAGAUUUGUGCCCAGCACGACAAGCUGCUGGAGGCCUUCUGCCGCACCGAUCAGACAUCAGUCUGCGUCCUGUGCAUGAUGGACGAACACAAACAACAUGACAUUGUUCCAGCUGGAACUGAGAGAACUGAAAAACAGAAACAACUGGGUUCAACACUGCACAAAUCUCAACAAAGGAUUGACCAACGAAUUAAAAAGUGGCAGGACCUGAGGCAAGCCGUUGAAUCAGUUAAACACUCUGCUCAAACUGUUCUUGAAGAAAAUGAGCGUAUCUUCACUGAGCUGCUGCAUUCUAUAGAGAGGAAGUACAAUGAAGUCAAAGAAAUGAUCCGAUCCCAUGAAAGGACCACAGUGACCCAGGGGGAGCUGCUCCUGGAUCGCCUGGAGGAGGAGAUCACUCUCUUGAGGAAGAGGCACACCGACCUGGAGAAACUCUCCCGCACUGAUGAUCACAUUCAUUUUCUGCAGAGCUGGCAGUCUCUGUCGGGCCCCUCCGGAUAUGAAGACCUUAACAACAUAAGUGUUGUUCCCAAUUAUUCCUUUGAUGCUGCAAAGAGAGCUGUUGCUUCGCUGAAAUUACAAGUCGAAGAAGUCAGCAAGACAGAAAUGAUGAAAAUCUCUGGAGCAGUGAAGGAAGUUUACAUCACGCAAGAAGCAAAGGAGGUUGAGAAAAUGAGGAGAGAAUCAAUUGUGAGCGUUGAUGCAAGGAUCGCCGAAGAACCGAGGAUAAGAGAAGACUUCUUGAAAUAUGCCCACCAAGUGACUCUGGAUGUCAACACUGUCCAUCCGAACCUUCACCUCUCAGAGGGAAACAGAACAGCAACAAUGAAAAGUGAACCUAAAAACUACCCUGAACACCCAGAUCGGUUUGACCACUGGCAGCAGGUUUUGUGCAGAGAAAGUGUGUAUGGGUCUCGUUGUUACUGGGAAGUCGAUUGGCGGGGAACGGAAAUCGACGUGGCUGUUACGUACAAGGGAAUCCGUAGAAAAGGAAAUGGCAAUGACUGCAGCCUGGGAUGGAACGACAAGUCCUGGAGUUUGUACUGCUCGGAGUCCAAGUUCACUUUUGUUCACAACAACAAAAGCAAAGACCUCUCCGUCCCUGUGACACACCGUAUCGGUGUCUACUUGGACCACGGAAAAGGAAUACUGGCAUUUUACAGUGUCUCUGAUGGCAUGCGGCUCCUGCACAAAAUUCAAACUUUAUUUACAGAGCCCCUGUACCCUGCUUUUAGUGUGUGGGGCUUUGGCUCUACUAUAAGGCUGUAGGAGAGGAGCCAGAUAACCAGCUUUUUUACAAGCAAACUAUACUCGAUAUUCAUGUAAGGAAGCUGGAAUAGAUUUCAGUUUCUGUUUGAUUUAUUUUGUUACUUAAUCAUGAAUAGAAGAUAGUACCAAAUUUUACUAUGGUAUAUAUAUAUUUUUAAAUAUUUUGUCUGUAUGUUUGAAAAGACAUUGUAAAACUAGUUAAUGUUCAAUUACAUUGGUGUGUUUUUUUCCUAUAGCUUAAGCUUU